GAGAGAGAGAGAGAGGAGAGGAGAUGGGGAGAGAGAGAGGGAGAGAGAGAGAGGGAGAGGGAGGGACUGAAAGCCAUGGACUCCAAUGGACUGGCGGAUCCAUACGUGAAGCUUCAUCUUCUGCCCGGGGCCAGCAAGGCCAACAAGCUGCGCACCAAGACGCUGAAGAACACUUUGAACCCCGUGUGGAACGAGACUCUGAUGUACCACGGCAUCACGGCGGCCGACAUGACCACCAAGACGCUCCGGCUGUGUGUGUGUGACAUGGACAGACUCGGACGCAAUGAAUUCAUCGGCGAGGUGAGAGUCGCUCUGAAGAAACUGAAGGAGGGCGAGAACAAGCGCUACAACAUGGGCCUGGAGAGGACUGCACAGAAUAAAGAAGGUAACAAUCCGAUGGUGGAGCAGGGAGCGGUGGUGACGGAGGAGGAGCGUGGACGCAUCCUGGUGUCUCUGUGCUACGACACGGAGAAGGGCUGCCUGCAGGUCGGCAUCAUCCGCUGCGCCCAUCUGGCGGCGAUGGACUCCAACGGCUACUCAGACCCCUUCGUCAAGAUCAUGCUGCAGCCUGACAUGGGGAAGAAGUCAAAGUACAAGACGACCGUGAAGAAGAAGACUCUGAACCCAGAAUUCAACGAGGAGUUCUCCUAUGAAGUGACCCUGGACCAGCUGGCCAAGAAGACCCUGGAGAUCUCCGUGUGGGACUACGACCUGGGCAUGAGCAACGACUUCAUAGGCGGCGUGGAGCUCGGCAUCAAAGCCAGCGGGCAGCGACUCAGACACUGGUUCGACUGCCUCAAAAACAAAGGGAAGAAAGUGGAAUACUGGCAUACGCUCACACAGCAGGGAGCCCCCAUCGGUGACAAGCCGGAGUAGAUUACUGGAGACACACACACAUACACACGCACCCACACACAUGCACGCACACACACACACACAUGCACACACACACACACACAUACACACGCACCCACCCACCCACACACACACACACACACACAUACACACGCACCCACACACAUGCACGCACACACACACGCACACACACACACCCACACACAUGCACGCACACACACACACAUGCACACACACACAUACACACACACAAGAUGGCUGAUAACAAGUAAAGCAGUAAUAAGAGGAAAGGAUAAAACAUGCAAUAAUGAAAAUGACCACAUAACGCCAAUGAUCACUAAGUAUUAGUACAAUAAGGUAUUCAUACUAAUAUUGAUGAUUUAAUGAGGUGUUAUCUGAACACAUUUUAACCAAAUUGUGGCGAUGUCGUCGUUAACAAAAUAAUAGUCACAGACUCGAGCUGUAGACCCGACUGUGUUGUUCAAAUUUACACCCAAUGAAGGAGAUUUGAGAUUAAUGUACUCAAAGUUCAUUCAGAAAAAGGCGG